AUGGAUUGGAAGUUAUUGUUGGUAUUGGGUUGUGCAUUUGCUGCAUCCAGUAGUAGCGAGAGACCACGUGCCAGCUCGUACAUCUUCCGCAGUUUCGAUACCUCCCCGGGUCACAUGGUGUACCUGAGCCCCUCGUUGGUGCGUUCAAAACUGGUAAUCCCGACGGUGGACAGCCAAGAAGCAAUCAAGGUGAAAACUAAUGUGGAAUUUGAUGAAGACAGCGAAGAAGCUCCUAAGAUAGAGGAUAGUGAGGAAGAUGAAUCGAAAGUGCUGCCUUUAAAGGAGUCGAAACAUUCCAAGGAGUCUGAUGAAUCCUACGAAGAGGAACACAGUUCUAAGAAAGGUGAAAAGGGUAGGAAAGGGCACAAAUCGAGCCAUGGGUUGAAGAAGGGCAGCAAAGGUAGCUACGGUAAGGAAGAUCAUUCCACUUCCUAUGCCAACGAAGGGGAUCGCAAAAAAUCCCACCACGAUGAAGAUGGCUAUCAGAAGAAGCAUCGUGACGAACAACACAGCACCCGUGGAGGCAAGCACGGUGAGAAGAAGUUUCACAAAAAAGGGUCGAAGACUACAGGCUAUCACAAUGUGUACCAUAAGGACGAGUUCAAGAAGGAGCAUAUUUUUUACGAUACCUCGGAUCACAGUGGAAAUUUCAAGAAAUACGGAUCAUCGCACAAGGAACAUUCCAACGACGAGGAAGAGUUUGCCAAGGGAGGUCACAAAGAGGAAGGGCACUCUAGAAAGAAGACCUCCAAGAAGGGACACUCGGAUGACGGAAAGUACGAUAGUAAGCAUAGUGAGUUUAAAAAGCAACGGGGAGAUACCCAAGACUACCGGGAUAAGGAAGAAUAUCAGAAUAAAAAUGGAAAAUUGGAUUCGAUUAUGCAUGGAUAUAAAAUUUACCAUCGUUGAAUGAUUAACUGGUGGAGCAAUUUUAAAUAAGUUU